CAACUUUAAAAGGUAUGUUUAGUGUGCUAUUUGUCUAUGCUAUACGAUCAGCUGAUUUUGUGCAAAAGCAAAAUCGGAAUUAGAAUGGAAUUAGAGCAAAAUAAUAAAGUAAGUAAUAAAUAUUUUUUUAAAUGCCAACUCAUUUCGCUUUUUAAAAACUUUUUUUAUUCCAGGACAGAGGCAAGCGCAUUCGCAGCAACCCAACUCGGAGAUGGACGGCGGCAGAAGAGAAGUCUCUUAUCGAAUUUUUAUUGGAAAAUCGGCGACUUGAGAAGCCGUCCGCUUAAGUUUAUUAUAAGGGUUUUUGCGAGGAGAAGCAUAUUACAAUGGAGUGGAAGCUGGUGCGUGCAAAAGUGCGGAACAUGAGAUCGAGCUACAACAAAGCCAAAACAUGGGAGGGAUCGACGGGAGCAGGGAGCAUGAACGGCGAUACCAUUAAAGGUAUGUAGGUUCCUAAAAUAUUUCUUUGCCGAUUAAUUUCAAUAGCCUAAAUUUUUUUCCAAGGAACUUUGCUAAAAAUGUGCUCAUUUUUUUACGAGCUGGAUGACAUUUUUGGAAGCCGAAUUUGCGAAUCUUCCGUUAUCGAUGACACAAUGGCAAAUUUAAUUGAAGAGGGCCAAAUAAUUGAAACCGAAUCGCAAAGGCUGGUACAGAUUACGGAAAGCCCUCAUAUUCCAGUAUGCACUUCUAGCAUGACACCAAUCACGAGCUCUCAGAGUCCGGUUUGCACGUUGACUCCAACAACAGACAUGAGCUGCAAAGGUAUAUACAGCCGGACAGCAGCUUCGGACAUUAUGAAGGUACAAGCUGAAGUAAUGGCAUUCAAGAAGGGGAAAUUGGAGGCAGCAACUAUAGCAAGAGAUAAGGAGUUGCUCAUAAGGGAAAAAGAAUUCACCCUUAAGCAAAAGGAGUUUGAGCUAAAGGAAAGGCAGGCACGAAAUGAAGAAAGUUUUAAAGAAAAGCAACUCCAAAGCCAAGAAAAAUUGAAAAUUCUUGAACUUGAAAUGCAAGAGCGUUUGUCUAUGGAGGAAUUGAAACUCAAGUAUAAAUGA